GCCUCGGGGCCCUAGGCGGGGCACGUGCGCGAGGAAGCGGCGCUGUCUGCUCGCACGGAGCUGGUAGACCGUUCAGCGUGGAGUCAUGGGAGGCCUGGAGAAGAAGAAGUAUGAACGAGGCUCUGCCACCAACUACAUCACGAGAAACAAAGCCCGGAAGAAGCUGCAGCUGAGUCUGGCUGACUUCAGGCGGCUGUGCAUCCUGAAGGGCAUUUAUCCCCACGAACCCAAACACAAGAAGAAGGUGAACAAGGGCUCCACGGCGGCCCGAACUUUUUACCUUAUCAAAGACAUCAAGUUCCUCCUCCACGAACCCAUCGUCAACAAGUUCCGGGAGUACAAGGUGUUCGUCCGGAAGCUCCGGAAGGCCUAUGGGAAGAGUGAGUGGAACACCGUGGAGCGUCUGAAGGACAACAAGCCCAACUACAAGCUUGACCACAUUGUCAAGGAGCGGUACCCCACCUUCAUAGACGCCCUGCGGGACCUGGACGAUGCCCUCUCCAUGUGCUUCCUCUUUUCCACCUUCCCACGGACUGGCAAGUGCCAUGUGCAGACCAUUCAGCUGUGCCGCCGGCUCACCGUGGAGUUCCUGCACUAUGUCAUCGCCGCACGUGCCCUGCGCAAGGUCUUCCUGUCCAUUAAAGGCAUUUACUACCAGGCUGAGGUGCUGGGACAGCCCAUCGUGUGGAUCACGCCCUACGCCUUCUCCCACGAUCACCCGACAGACGUGGACUACAGGGUCAUGGCCACCUUCACCGAGUUCUACACCACCCUGCUGGGCUUCGUCAACUUCCGCCUCUACCAGUCUCUGAACCUACACUACCCUCCCAAGCUUGAGGGUCAGACCCACACAGAGGCGAAGGCCAGUGAGGACACCUAUGCACUGGACUCCGAGAGCUCUAUGGAGAAACUGGCGGCCCUCAGUGCCAGUCUGGCCCGCGUGGUGGUGCCUGCGGAGGAGGAAGCCGAGGUGGAUGAGUUUCCGCCCGAUGGGGAGAUGGCGUUGCAGGAAGAGGACCGCAGGAAGGAGCUGGAGACGCAGGAAAAGCACAAGAAGCUCUUUGAGGGCCUGAAGUUCUUUCUGAACCGCGAGGUGCCCCGCGAGGCCCUGGCUUUCGUCCUCAGGAGUUUUGGGGGGGACGUGUCCUGGGACAAGUCUUUGUGCAUCGGGGCCACGUAUGACGUGACUGACCCCUGCAUCACCCACCAAAUUGUCGACCGGCCUGGGCAGCAGACCCCUGUCAUCGGCAGGUACUACGUGCAGCCCCAGUGGGUGUUUGACUCUGUGAACGCCCGGCUCCUCCUCCCUGUGGCGGACUACUUCCCCGGGGUGCAGCUACCCCCACACCUCUCACCCUUCGUGUCGGAGAAGGAAGGAGAUUACGUCCCCCCUGAGAAGCUGAAGCUGCUGGCCCUGCAGCGAGGAGAGCACCCAGGAAGUAUGAAUGAAUCUGAAGAGGAGGAUGAGGAGGAAGACAACGAGGAGGAAGACAACGAAGGUGAUGGUGAUGAAGGGGGAGAAAAUGAGGAGGAGGAGGAGGAAGAUGUGGAGGCUGGUUCGGAAAAGGAGGAAGAGGCCCAACUGACAGCCCUGGAGGAGCAGAGGAUGGAGGGGAAGAAGCCCAGGGUGAUGGCAGGCACCGUGAAGCUGGAGGAUAAGCAGCGGCUGGCCCAGGAGGAGGAGAGCGAGGCCAAGCGCCUGGCCAUCAUGAUGAUGAAAAAGCGGGAGAAGUACCUUUACAACAAGAUCAUGUUUGGCAAGAGGCGCAAAAUCCGCGAGGCCAACAAACUGGCAGAGAAGCGGAAAGCCCACGAUGAGGCUGUGAAGUCUGAGAAGAAGAAGGCCAAGAAGGCAAGGCCAGUGUGAGUGACGGCAGCCUCUUGAUGGGCAAGGCCGGCUCCUGGCGCUGGACUUGGCAUGGGCAGGCCGGAGGACCUAGGCCUGGUGACAGACAAGUCUCUGUUCUGUUUCCAUGCCCCUCCUCCUCCUGCUGGCCCUGGCCUCCUCUCACACUCUGGCUGGGCCCUUGGGCAGCCCCGGCUUCCCUUCCAUGGAGGUCCCUGCUGGUGGCUGGGCGGAGGAGAGGCCUCUGUGCCCAGCCUGACUUGAUGCUCCCAGGAGUCAACAGCACAGGAUGCAGGGGCCUGACCAGCCCCUUGUCGACUGCUCCCAUUCACCCUGGCUUUCCGCAGCCCCCCAACAUACUCAUUCACACGUAGUUGGACCCCUGAUUUUCCCAGUGCCGUGAUGGGGUGAGGAUGGGGAAGCAUUUGCUAUUAAACGGCUGGAGUUUUGCAGCCAAUUGAA